UAUGCUGUCCCCUUCCUGCUUAUAUCACAUGAGAGAUUCUUUCUGUACUCCACAAUGCUCGGACAGUUCCUGCUGCUCACCCUCAUCUCCUGGGUCAAUGGGGGGCUCUAUUUCCAGGAGGAUCAGCACUGCUACAAACCAUUAACCAGGGGGAAGUUUGGUCUGAGGAGCUACCCACGGCCACAUGAAUACAUACCUGUACAAAGUCUGCCAAAGGCAUGGGACUGGCGCAGUGUCAAUGGAACCAACUUUGUCAGCUCUACACGGAAUCAGCACAUCCCGCAGUACUGUGGGUCAUGCUGGGCACACGGGAGUACCAGCGCUAUGGCAGAUCGAAUUAAUAUCAAGAGGAAAGGGGCGUGGCCUUCUGCAUACCUGUCUGUUCAGAACGUGAUUGACUGUGGAAAUGCGGGAUCCUGUGAGGGUGGGGACCACGGAGGGGUCUGGGAAUAUGCACACAGUCAUGGAAUCCCUGAUGAGACCUGUAACAAUUACCAGGCCAAGGACCAAGUGUGCAACAAAUUUAACCAGUGUGGUACCUGUGUCACUUUCCAUAAAUGCUCAUACCUAUCCAAUUACACCCUGUGGAAAGUCAGCGAUUUCGGCUCGGUCAGUGGAAGGGAAAAAAUUAUGGCCGAGAUCUACAAGAAUGGACCAAUCAGCUGUGGGAUAAUGGCUACGGAAAAGCUGGAUGCCUACACUGGAGGGUUGUAUUCAGAGUACCAGCCAAGCCCAAUGGUGAAUCAUAUCGUCUCUGUGGCCGGGUGGGGACUGGAUGAAAAUGGAGUGGAAUUUUGGGUAGUCCGUAACUCGUGGGGAGAGCCUUGGGGGGAGAAGGGCUGGCUGCGCAUCGUGACAAGCACAUACAAAGGAGGGAAAGGAGCAGAUUAUAACCUGGCCAUUGAGGAGGACUGUGCUUAUGGAGAUGUAAUACUGCCAUGAUACAAUGUUAUCACAGAAUAUGCCAUUUUUCCAUGAAACUUUAGAAGCUGAUGAAACUCCCCACCGCCCUGUCAAUGAAGAAAUCAUAUGCAAAUCUCCUAACAGUUAAAAACUGCUGGAUGCUUUAUGAAAAUUAUAGGAAUGCAAAUUACAAAAUCCAAUCAGAGCCAGAGCCGUGCCACAUAUGAUGUUUGGUUGAGUUGCCAAAGCAUGGACCACGCAGCCAAUGAGAAGCAGAAGUCCUGUUGUAUCUUUUGUGAACAGUUAAAACACAGGCCUCAGUAACCAGCAGAGAUGGGACUGGCACAUAGAAGUGUAGAACAGGAUUUUUUUUUAUUUUUAUGAAUUGAUGGAACUUCUUUUGUGUAGACAAUCAUUAACUGUGCACUGAUUUCCUUAUAGGAUUUAUAAAAUAUAUGUAGCCGUAUCUUUAACAAGAAGAACUUUUAUCAAGUAUUGAAUUUAAGACCUUGUGCAUAAUAUGUAGCUAGCUAAACACUAACCCAACAUAAGAAAGGGUUAAUCACCAACAAGAGAAGACCAGGUCUAGUGAUGUUGGCAUUCAAUUGUUAACGUUAAGAGACCGUGAAUUAUUCUUUCAUAGCCAAAAAACACUGCACUGACCAGCAGAGCAGAAGGAGAGCGCCAAGAGCCGGCUUUAUUGAGAUUACACCUCUUUCCAAUAAAAUCCUGAUUAGUAUGUACUGAUUUUCA